UCCCCCUUCACAGUCAUUUCCGGACGCGGCGAAACAGAAGGAAAAAAACAUUUUGCACAUCCAAUGGAAUGGAUUAAUAAAUGACAGUAGCUAGCUAGCUGCUCGAAAGUAAUAAUUUCAACCACAAAACAUAUGUGAUUAUCAAAACGGGUAUCCUGGACGCUUGGUUUUUUAAGUCUCGCUAUAUAUUUGCAUCAGUCCAUAGAUGACGGUCCUAUCUGAGGAGACGGUGUUUCCAGGUCUGAAUAGCUAAACUAGUUAGCUGGCUACCCAAUGCUAGCUAGUUAGCGGAUACAUUUCUGCUAACUAACAUUAGAUGGCCAGCCUUGAUUUGGUAUCUGUGAUUAAUCCGAAAAUUGUAUUUGUGCCUCAUCAUUUGUAGCAGUGCCGGUGUGUUUACUUAUUUCGUUGCAGUUUGAACGUGUUUUAAAGGCACGACUUAACGUUAAUGUUUUGACUGCUUCGCUUGUAGGCUAGCUAGGUAGCUAGUAGAAGGUCAACAUUGUUGAACCCUGCUAACUACAGCUGACUACAGUGGGUGGGAUAGACACUUCUCAGCAAACCGUCAGCUGCAGUUAUGUGUAAUGAGAUAUAAACAUAGUGGGUGUUUCAGCUAUCCAGAUCCAGACAGUUGUUCAUUAGUUAGUCAUUAGCUAGCUAACUGGGAAAGUAGCUAUAACAUUACCUGCUGGCUGAAGUUACUCAAUUCUCUCCAACCAUGAUCAAGUUGAUGCGCACGAAAAUACCUCAAUAACAACAGCCAAUACUUGGAAAUAUGGAUUUCACGUGGACUUCAGCCAUACUUCAAAAUCCCCCGAUUUUACUUUCAAAAUUACAUUUUCAGACUACUGUCUUAGCUACUUUUUGAUUUUUGCUGACAGGACAACUUUCCCUGUUUUGUUUUGGAGAGUAUUGUUUUGACUUGGGAUCUCUGGUAGAUUUUUGCAUGGUAGUUAGUUUCUUUCUCAAUAACAGAGUGGAUGAUGAAUGGCCUAUCUGUCAGUGAGCUAUGCUGCCUGUUCUGCUGCCCCCCCUUUCCGAGCCGUAUUGCUGCCAAGCUCGCCUUCCUGCCUCCUGAGCCUACAUAUUCCCUCCUCCCAGACCUGGAGGGGCCUGUAGCCCCGGGGACAGCAGGGACUGCAGGGCUGAGAUCCAGAGCUAGUGGGCUACCUGGAGCUGCUGUAGGGGGUUCAGUCAGCACUGGUCCUGCAGAAGGAAAAUGGAAGCUCCACCUGACAGAGCGAGCCGAGUUCCAGUAUUCCCAGAAAGAACUGGAUGCUACAGAUGUGUUCCUUACCCGCUCCAGUCGUGGAAACAGAGUGGGAUGCAUGUACAUCCGCUGUGCCCCCACUGCCAGGUUCACAGUGCUGUUCUCUCACGGCAACGCGGUGGACCUUGGCCAGAUGAGCAGCUUCUAUAUCGGCCUGGGAACGCGUAUCAACUGCAAUAUCUUCUCCUACGACUACUCCGGCUACGGUGUCAGCACGGGCAAGCCUUCAGAGAAGAACCUCUAUGCUGACAUUGACGCCGCCUGGCAGGCACUGCGCACACGAUAUGGCAUCAGCCCAGAGAACAUAAUCCUGUACGGGCAGAGCAUUGGCACCGUGCCCACGGUCGACCUGGCAUCUCGGUAUGAGUGUGCCGCCGUGGUGCUCCACUCCCCCCUCACCUCUGGCAUGCGGGUGGCCUUCCCAGACACCAAGAAGACCUACUGCUUUGAUGCUUUCCCCAACAUUGAAAAGGUGUCUAAGAUCACGUCGCCGGUGCUGAUCAUCCACGGGACUGAGGACGAGGUGAUCGACUUCUCCCACGGCCUGGCUCUGUUCGAGCGCUGUCCCAAGGCCGUGGAGCCACUCUGGGUGGAGGGGGCGGGACACAAUGACAUCGAACUGUACAGCCAGUACCUGGAGCGCCUGCGCCGCUUCAUUGGCCAGGAGCUGGCCGCACAGCACGCCUGAUACCCCCAUACCACCUGAGCCCCCAGUCCUCCUCUGGCUCCGUGCUGUUCCCCUGGUCGGAGUGAGUCAAUGGAAAUGGGUGGCUCUGUCUGGGAGGAGGGGUGAAGCCUGGCCUCUCAGAAUUAAUAAUCCUUCACCUUUUGGUCAACUUUGUCUGGAUGCUCGCAGCCCUGUCUUUUUGUUGUUUUCCAUCUUUUCUGUCUCUGUCAUUAAUCCUGGUCAGGGAUUCUCUAGUCCACCUCCCGCCCCGGGGUCAGUGCAAGAAUGCAACCCAGACACGGAGGGCUCUCUGCUGGUCUGUCUAAAGCACCUCUCUCUUACCCCAGCCGAACACAACCUCAGAUAGGUCAGGUGUUCCAAACAAGUACUGUUUAACCUCUUCUGAGACAUUUACACAUGAUUCAACUUUAACUAACAACCCUAACAUGGACAAAUAAUUGAGUGAUGAAUAUUUGUCAUUUUAUCUUUUAUAACACAUGACACUGAGCCACUACUUUACAAAUCAUGUGGUAUUGACAGAUGAGUAUAAAUGUCCUGUUUGAAAGCAGGUAUGUUGCUAAUGUUUCGUGUGGGAUCUUCUUAGCUCUCUCUCGUUUACAACUAAGAUGUCAGAUUAAUAGUCUGUCUAUGAAUCAUUUGUUUCAUAGACAUAUAAAUCAGACAUUUUUAUAAUUAUUAAGCAUGGAUUCAUUUGAAUCCGGAAAGUGAUUAGAGCAAAUAGUUGCUGAAUUAUUGCUUUGGCUGAAGUUCAAAAUCUCAGCCAAAUUAAUUGUUUCAAAAGCAUUCUUAAGUCGCUUGCAUAUCUCUAAGGCAAGAUUGAUUUCUAGCUCGGCAACCUCUCUUAUGUUUCUAGCUCGGCAACCCCUCUUAUGUUUCUAGCUCGGCAACCCCUCUUAUGUUUCUAGCACGGCAACCACUCUUAUGUUUCUUGCACGGCAACUGCGCUUAUGUUUCCCGCACUGAACUAAAUUCACCUCUUACUGGGUUUCUGUCUGAAAUGGUGGUUCCACAUCUAGCUUCAGAUGUUUUCAAAGGCUUUUUUGUAAGUGUUUUACAGAGUUGUACAAACAAUUUCACUUUAGGUAUUUCUAAAUCACUGAGUUUAUUUCAUACCUCCAAAAACACUAAAUCAUUGUGAAUCACUAAGCUUUUGCCAGUAAUGGCCAUUCACAUAGUAAAUUGGGUCGGGUCAGUUGAGACUAAGCUGGAUGGAGUAUUAACUGAACUUGCUGCUAAAGAUUAGGAUAAAAUGGAUUGAAAAGGGUCAAACUCUCCACAUCCAUUAAUGCAGCUUAGUUUGAUGGGAAAUUGAACAGUCAUACAUGUUGCAAUAAUAUUUUUGUUAUGCUGUACAGUAGAGUGGAGCCAAUGAUGUACAGUACAUGCUGCUGGUCCCAUAUGACAUUUGAAAACACUUAUUCAGCCAUGUCAUGUUACAUGUGUGAUUAGUUUAUUGUUUACUUCAUUUUGGGGUAAAUCACACUUCAUUAUAACAUUAGUAGAGCUAUGGAAUAGGAUGUGCUCUAUUUUGUUAUUGACCAGGUUUAUUUCCAGCAGGCUCCCUUUCUAGCUCCAACUAGCCCUUUUCACUCACUUCGUCCUGUUGCCACACUAUUUCAGACAGACUUGGGAUUCCACCAUUUCUGUCCGUCUGUGUGUGAAAGUUGACUUGAACGAAUGCCCAACUUCUCUGGCAUAUGGGGUCUACCACGACAAGAUAGUGGAGAUCCUUGGGUUGGGUUUUGGGGGAGUCAGGAUAACAUGUACAUAGCAACCAAAGUUUAACAGGAAAUGUUCUGUCUUGAACAAAGCGUGCCUGCUUUUCUAAUGGUAUGUUCAUCAGAACCAAAGGAAAGGUCCAUCACAUCACCCAAAAGUGAGUAUUUACUCCCUAUGAUGGACUAUU